UCUCGAGACGAUCGGACGACGCACGACGCAUUCCGCAGUUUGGGGCUAUUUUCGUGAUUAAUUUCGAAGAGCGGGGUCGUAUUCUAAUAGGAACCCAUGUUCCAUUCUGUAACGUGAGUGCCAUAUAAUCAGAAGAAAUCAGUACAAAUCCAUCAAGAUAUUCAACUAUUGCCUGCUUACAGUACGAAAAGCCUUUGUGUUUUCCUCCAAAAAAUAGGUCAAGUGCAGUGUUUGUGUAACCUAGUGACCUAAAAAAUGUUUAAAUUUGUAUACAUGUGGAGGAAAAGUGCUAAAAACUGACCGAACAAGAACAUAUGCUAACAAAAAGUGCAGUUGGCGCAGUUUGAGAGCUACUGGAAGUGGCUGCGAACACAGUUUUAGAAGUGCUCUGGCGUAUUAUUAAUCAACGAAAAUGAGUCAGUCUUGUAUACCAGUGAGCGCAAAGAUGUCGAAGGCAAAGAAGGUUUUGGAUGAAGCCCGAGAAACUCACAAUCCCGAGUUGGAUUUGGCCGACAAGGGACUGUCGUCCUUCGAGGAGUUGCCCGGACUAUUCAACAUGUCCAACAUCACGCGCCUGACCCUGUCCCACAACAAGAUCAGCGUGAUCAGUCCGGGAAUCGCGAACCUACUGAAUCUGGAGAUCCUGAACCUCUCGAACAACCAGCUGACCGAACUUCCCGUUUCGCUGUCGUCAAUGCCAAAGCUGCGCAUCCUCAAUGUGUCCAUCAAUAGGCUGAUAAAUCUUCCUCGCGGCUUUGGAGCCUUUCCGGUGCUGGAAGUGCUCGACCUGUCCUACAACAAUCUGAACGAACAGGUCCUGCCUGGUAAUUUCUUUGGCAUGGAGACACUGCGUGCUCUGUAUCUGGGCGACAAUGACUUCGAGUAUAUACCGAAGGAGGUGGGUCAGCUGAAGAAUCUGCAGAUACUCGGACUGCGCGACAACGAUCUUCUGGAACUGCCCCGCGAGGUUGGAGAAUUGGUGCGACUGCGGGAGCUGCACAUUCAAAACAAUAGGCUGCAGGUGCUGCCACCAGAGAUCGCCCAGCUGGACCUCUUGAGCAACAAGUCGGUCAUGAAGAUGGAGGAGAAUCCCUGGGUCAAUCCCAUUGCUGAGCAAUAUCUACUUGGCAUUAGUCACGUCAUCGACUACCUUAAAACGGAGACCUAUAAGAUCAUCUACAACCGCCACUUGCAGGCAGGACGCAGUGGACCACCGCCACCCAAAGCUGACAAAAGCAAGAAGGCCUCUCGAAUUCGCGCAUAGUGAUUCUCCACCAGAAGAUCCCAAGAUCCCAUGGAAUUACAAAUGUGUUCGUCUCGUUCGUUGUUAACCAAACCCGUUUUUGUAUACUAAUUUAUAAGUAAUUGUAAACUAAUGCGUAUUUCUGCAAUGUGCCUUGUCUCUUAGUUUCACUAAUGAAAAUAAAGAAAAUAAUAUAUACAUA